AUGCCUCGCGUUUAUAAACCAGACCCUCGAGGUAAAACAUAUAAGAAAAUUGAUGAAAAAACUCUAAAUAUAGCCCUUGCUUCAAUUGACAACGGGAUGAGUUAUAGAGUGGCUCACGAAACAUACAACAUUCAUUAUUCUGUGCUUUAUCGGCACCACAAAAACCGAAAUCUGAAGCUUCAUGGAGGACAAACAGCCCUAACCAAACAAGAAGAAGAUAUUUUAGUCCAUCAACUAAUAGUUUGUUCCGAUUGGGGGUAUCCACUUGACCAUUUGGACUUCAGGAUGAUGAUAAAAAAUUACCUAGACAGUAGAGGUAAAACAAUAACGAGAUUUAAAGAUAAUAUCCCUGGCAGAGACUUUGUAUAUUCUUUUUUAAAACGUCACAAAAAUGAAUUAAGAUCUAGAAUCUGCCAAAACAUCAAGCGCUCAAGAGCUGCUGUUUCUCCCAAUACUAUCAAUGCUUAUUUUGACAAUUUAGCCACGGAGUUGAAAAAUGUACCGCCAUCAAACAUAGUAAAUUACGACGAAACAAAUUUAACUGACGAUCCGGGUAGAAAGAAAGUAAUCUCGAAAAGGGGCUGUCGCUAUCCAGAACGUAUUUGCAAUACGUCGAAGUCAGCCGUUUCUAUUAUGUACGCUGCUUCAGCUGAUGGAAAAUUUUUCCCACCAUACGUGGUUUACAAAGCUAAAAAUUUGUAUACAUCUUGGACAGUUGGAGGACCAAAGGACGUCAGAUUUAAUAGAAGUCCAUCAGGUUGGUUUGAUGCGAUUUCCUUCUCAGAUUGGGUAGAGAGUACUGUCAUACCUGCAGUAAAAAAUCUACCGGGAAAGAAGUACUUAAUUGGCGAUAAUCUGAGUUCACAUUUUUCUGCAAGUACGGUAUCUCUUUGCGAAGAAAAUAAUAUUUCAUUUAUAUUCCUCCCGGCUAACUCUACUCAUCUGACCCAGCCUCUGGACGUGGCAUUUUUCCGGCCUCUUAAAACAGCCUGGCGACAGAUCCUUGAAAAAUGGAAAAUGGGGGCUGGUUCAAAGCAUUGCACGGUUCCAGAGGACAGAUUCCCUUUCUUGCUAAAUGACUUGUCAAAGGCUAUUGAGCCUAAUGCUGGAAAAAAUAUACAAUCUGGCUUUAGAAAGUGUGGAAUUUUUCCACUAAAUAGGGAUCAAGUCUUGGGACGCCUUCCGCAGCAAAAUCUUGACGAGACAAAUGAUGAGAAUCAGAACAUUGAAGAAGGACUUAAUAACUCUUUGGUAAACCUUCUAAGAACAAUGAGAUAUGGCGAUGGUCAAAAUGUGAAGAGUCGACGUCGUAAAAUUCAAGUUCCUGCUGGCAAAAGCGUUACAAGUGCAGAUUUUGAAAGCACGUUGGAUAAAGACGAUCAAGAGGAUACUGAUUUGGAAAGAAGUAUGGAAACCUUAGAUGAAGAUUCAGACCCGGAAAUGAAUUUGCCCCUUAUUAAUUUCAUGCCAAUAAUGGCAAAAGCUCAAGAUCAUUCUUCAAGUGAAGACUCUGACAUGGAAAAAGAUCAAGAUCAUUCUUCAGAUGCAGACUCAGAAAUGGACACUUCACUACCAAGUUUCACCGAUAAGUCCGAGAAUAAGUUGGAUACAAAUAAUUCAUCAGCAUCAGUCUGCUUUGAGGGUUUUUCUAUUCGCCUUCGUGUGGGUAGAAUAGCAAAUUUGACCAAUUUAAAUGGGUGUUUCUAUUCACCCCACAUUAAGGGUGAAUAG